UUCCGUGAUCAUCAUCAUCAUCAUCAUCAUCACCACCGCCCUCGUUCAGUCCACAGUCGCGCUGGUUAUUAUGAAGCAGAGUUUUGAUAUGGACACUUAAAAUGAGAAGGUUUAAUGUUGUCGUUUUUUUUGUUUACUUUUACAGACCGGAAAGAGAUUGAAAGUAAAUCAGGGGGAGAGAUAGAGAGAGAUAAGAGGGAGAGGGAGAUAAGAGAGAGAAGAGAGAGAGGGGCUACCGUGAACUCGCGUUGAAUGGCAGUUAUUCAAAAAUAUGGCAAGAAAUACAGUCCAGAUUUGGGGUGUCACACGGAAAGCCACCCGGCCGACAAGGUGGGGGCUCCCGGGGGUCAGAAGAAGUGGCCUGAACGCAACAACUACUGGUCAAGGCCGGUGGCGAGGGUGUGGACGGUGGUGCUGCUGCUCGGGACCUGCCUCCUCUACUGCGCCCGCGUGGCGAUGCCCAUCUGUGCCGUCAGCAUGGCGGAGCAGUUCAACUGGACCAAGAGGGAGUCCGGCAUGGUGCUGGGCAGCUUCUUCUGGGGCUACUGCUUCACCCAAGUCUUCGGGGGCUACGUCAGCGACCGGGUCGGAGGCGAGAAGGUCCUCCUGCUGUCUGCAGCCGCCUGGGGGUCCAUGACCGCCUUCACCCCCAUCCUGGCCCACUUCUGCUCCCAGCCCAUCAUCUCCAUGACGCUGGCCCGCUUCCUCAUGGGCUUGUUGCAAGGGGUUCAUUACCCGUCUCUGGCGAGCCUGUGCUCUCAAAAGGUGGUGGAGAGUGAGCGAGGCUUCCUGAUGAGCACCGUGGGAAGCGGCUCCUACCUGGGCACUCUGGUGAUCGGCGGGGCCGGCUCCCUCAUGCUGGACCUGUACGGCUGGCAGAGCGUGUUCUACGCGUCGGGCCUCCUCUCGGUGCUGUGGGCCUACUGCAUGUGGAAACAUCUGCUCCGAGGAGAAGGGCCCAUCAUCACCCUGGAGUCCCUGGGAAGUGGUGGGUCCCAGUCCACAAUGUCCAAAAGACACUGGUUAAGGCUCCUCAAACAACCGGCAGUCUGCGCCGUGAUCGUCACGCACCUCUGCGCGGCGAGCACCUUCUUCACCCUGUUGUCCUGGCUGCCGACGUUCUUCAAAGACACGUUCCCCGACGCCAAGGGCUGGGUGUUCAACGUCAUCCCCUGGUUGGUGGCCAUCCCCUCCUCCCUGUUCAGUGGCUGCCUUUCGGACCACCUCAUCAGUCAAGGCUACGACACGGCCUCGGUGAGGAAGUUGAUGCAGUUCUUCUCCAUGGGCGUGUCCAGCGUGUUCACCCUCCUUCUGUGCGGCAACACCACCUUCCCCUGGGCCGUGGCCUUUGUGUCCGCCACCAUGGGCUUCACCACCUUCAGCCACAGCGGUGUGUCUCUAAAUGUUCAAGAUCUUGCUCCUUCUUGUGCUGGAUCUUUAUUUGGUGUCAUGAAUACAUGCGGCGCGUUCUCAGGGGUCCUACUGGUGUACUUCUCGGGGUACCUCAUCGAGACCACCGGCUCCUGGACGUCUGUGUUCGCCCUCAUCACCGCGGUCAACCUGCUGGGCCUCUGCACCUUCCUGGUCUUCGCCGACGCCCGCCGGGUCGACAUCGACCCGAGCAAGGUGCACCACCACGACAUCCACCUCUGAAUCCACGCGGCGGCUAAAAAGGUGCUAAUUUUUCCGAUAUUUGCAGCGUAGCUGUUGGAGGAAACGUCUGUUUGUAGGGAGCUUCUCCGUUUCUUGUUGACAUACGAGGCCGAUAACCCGAACCUCCUCCUUCCUCCUCAAGGGGGGGAACACACACUGUUAGCUCUGCCGGCGCCCGGCACUGUCGCCAUGUUGAGAGCCGUUGGGAGGCAACCAUCUCAAUGUCGCAUUCGGCACCUUUUUUUUUUUAAACAGCUGUUUACACUCAUUUGUUACAGAAUGUGUUACUUAGUCCGAGGGAAGUGUGUGUGUGUGUGUGUGUGUGUCCGUCCUUACCCUCCGGGGGUGGGGGGGGAGAGUCCAGCCUCCCGCACUUGAAGUCUUUUAUUAGUACGCCCCGCUCACCCAUCACUGUGUGAGUGACACCUCAUUACCCAGACGCUAAUUACUUGGCAGGCGCUCUAAUGUCCUUCACCAUUUACCUACUAUGGUCCUCAUCGCCAUGGUUACAAGCUCAUCUUAUCGUUACGGUCAGGGGGGGAGGGGUUUCAAUAUGUUUUGAGUUGAAAGACCAAAGGUCAUUAAUUAUUUUAAUUUCUCUCUAUGCGAUCAAAUGGAAUAAAAAAUACCACACGUAAUUAUUUUUGGAGUAUAUUUAUAUGGCUUAAUUAAUCUUUUUUAAUUAUUUUUUUAACGAAUAUUUUAAGAAUAAAAUGAAGAAAUAUAUAUUAGUUAAAAUUACAGAAAAUGGGAGUAAAUUAUUUACAGUGUGAUGCAGUAUGAAUAACUUUUCUGACCACAUUACCACUUUGGUGAAAACUGAGUCUCUAGGUUGUUGUCGUCGUCGUUAGCAACGCUGGACAGGAAGAGACGUCUAUAUUUGGGAAGGCGGUAGAGAGGUUAGGCCCUCCCCUUUCCGGUGUUCUUAUUUGGGGAAGAAAUCUGUAUGUUUGUCGAUGAAAAAAUGUGUUUAACUCUCUCAUAUUUAUUUUUUCUGAAAUAAGCGCGCACGGUGGCCAACCGGAAGAGGGGGCGGGACUUCACCUCUCUCUAGUUAGCACCGAUUGGAGCCCAUUCAGAUUUAAAUACGUUUUCUUUCUGGUACACACUUGACACGAUGAAUGUUGCCGGUGGGAAGAUAACAAAUAUUGGGCUCAAGUGAUUUGUUCGUAGCGUUCAGCUUUCGCAUUUCCCAAUAUUUCAUCUCCAGUCUCGAUGUUUACUUUAUAAAAUCUAUGCAUUCGUUAUUUGGUGCCUAAUUUAAACGAGGAGAGAACUUUAAAGAUUAUUGAUUAUUGUGCAUCGCUACAUUGUUGCUUUCUUUGAUGGAGUUGUGUUGCUUCUGUGUGACUUUGUGUCGUUAUUCACAUUCGAAGGAGUCGUCUUUGGGGUUUUUUUGGGCUGGAUGGAUUUCUGUUUCUGAAAUGCUUAUUGUUACAUCGUCUCUGUCAUUGCAAUAAUGUGUACCAAAUGUGCCUUUUUAUUGCAUUAUUUACAACUGCAUUCAUCACUUCUGAUCUUUAAUUUUCCUGUUGUUACAUCUUGCAAAAUGUUAAACGUUCACGUGAGAAAUAACUUCUCUCACUGGUUCCUGAAAGCAUUUCUGUCAAAUCCUUUUUUGAUAACAUGUAAGAUAUGUAUGAUAGAAAGAAUAAAUAUGCCGUAUUAUAAUGCUUUUAAAGAUGUGUUGUAUUUAAAAGCAUAUAUAUAUAUAUAUAUAUAUAUAAACUUUGAAUAAAAAUGAGUCUAUUUUGUCAA